CAGAAUUGGUGGCAACACUUAAGUUUACGUCAAGCACCAAGCAAGUUCUCAAGUUAAGCGAAAGCUAAAAGGAAAACAGAGACUAUGCUUAUAUUUAACUUUAUCACCUAAUGUUAAUUACUAUAUGAUGCGGUUAUGCGUACAUUUAACUAACCUGGUUAUUUAUUUGUAAAGCAUUUAAUUUUUUAAUUAAAAAUGGAAGUGACUAGUGGUGCGGAGGAAGGAUUUAUUCGCGAGUGGACCCCGUGUUCCCAUAUUUUGAACUUGAUUCCUCCUAGAAUUCAAACAGGAAUAUUUUCUACUGAAUUGUCUUUAACCUGUGUUGAUGCUGUUAGUGAAUAUAUAGCUCUUGGCACGAAUGUUGGUUUGGUUUACUGGUACGAUAGAAAAAAAGGAAACAUUCAAAGAUUGCGAUGCGAGGCAUCUACAUCUCCCAUAACAUAUGUGAAGAUAGUAAACACCGUAGACUACAUGGUAGGCGCAGGCAAUGCUGCUGGUCAGGUCACCGUCUUCCAGAUCCCCAAGGAGCACCCAGAGAACAUUCCAGACACACUCAAACCAAAGGUUGAGCCAAAGGUGGAGAGGUACACUAUUGGUGAUCUCCACAAGAGUAAAAUCACAUCGAUAGAGUGGUCGAAGAAUGGUAUGCGACUGUUCUCCGGGGACAAGAGCGGUGUCAUCAUUAUGACGGAGAUUGACUUUUAUAUGCACUUGUGCAAGUCAAUGGAGAUAGUGAACGAGGAAUACGAGAUAGUACAGAUGAGCUACCACCAGAACACACUGCUGGUGUCCAGUCUGUACCGCACCAUACUCUGUGAGCGACGCGACGCGCGCUGGCAUGUUAGCCAGCUCGGCAAGAAGGAGAGGAAGAGCCUGUGCCGACUGGGGGCAGUCUUCCAGCACUCGUACGCGCGGGGCGGGGGCGCGGCCGCGUACUGCGCGCGCGCAGGCCUUCGCCUGUGGCGAGCAGACGCACAGGGCAACGUGCUCCAUACUCUGCUCUUCAAGGAAGCGAUCUCCAAUCCGCUGACUGUGGCUGAGCUGCUGAACCCGGCGCAGAAGAAGGCGGAUGCGGGUGGUGGUAUGGGCGAGAGCGAGGCGAGCCUGGGUCCGCUGCACGUGUUCCGCGAGCACUUCCUGGUGGCGCACGACGAGCGGCUGCUGUACGUGCUGGACCCGCGCUCGCUCACCGCUGUGGCUGUUGUGGACGACCUCAGGCGGAUAUUGUCUGUGUCAGUGAACAAGGACGAGAUCUUCGUGCUGGAGGGGCCGCGCUCGCUGGUGCGCCUCGCGCAUGCGCCAGAGCCCGCCGCGCUCGCGCGACCACAAGAUGAAACAUCAAAUCUGAUGACUCGAUCGCUGACUUCGUCGAUCCAACAGGCGGUGAACACGGUACGCGAACUGACGCAACUGGACACCACCGCGCCAUACAUCACCAGUGUCCUCGAGCAACCCAUCUCCUUGCUGACCAGGAACGAGACCUUAGACAGCAUGGCCGUCGCCAGCGCGGAGGAGUGCUUCGAGUUACCACCUAUAAAGAACCUGCCCACUGACAUAGCCGAUAACGUUCUAGAAUCUAUUGUCAACGAAUUCAAAGACGUAUCCAGCGAUGCUGAGGAGAUAAGGAAAGUGAAAUCUGAAGAAUUGCAGAAGAAAUUGAGUAUUUACAAUAGGAUAAUGGAAAAGAAAUGCGACGAGGAGUUGAUACAUAGCAGCAAGAGGAGUCGCCGGCGGGAGGCGGGGUCCGGGGCCACCACGCCGCGGCUCUGCACGCCGGUACGCAAGUCCCCCGCACCAGCACCAGCACCACCACCAGCACCAGCACCAGCACCCGCAACCAGCUACACCAGCCCCUGUCUCAUGAACCUCAGUGUCUACAGUAAUGAUACACAGAACGAUGAUGUGCUCGAAAAGGAAAUUGAAGAAAAAGAGAAAAUUUUAGCAAAAUUAUUGAAUCUGGAAUCUUUUAGUAUAGCGAGCCAUAUAACUAAGACAACUAACGGAGCUAAAGAAGCGCCUGAAGAAGUAGAAUAUUUUAAACCGUACGAAGAAAAACCUUUACAAAGCGAAAAACACGAAGAGAAACCCAUCAAGAAAGUUGUACAAGCGAAAUUGGAACCUAACGUAAUAGAUUUAGUGCCUAAAGUUGUGCAGCUACCUAACAAUUGGAACUUGGAGAAUAUCCAAUUGCGUUUGGAUUUGAAGAACGGCGUCAAAGAUGUGAUCUCACCGGACGAACAUCUGGACAGCGAGUGGGAGGUCAUCUGAUCCAUUUCCACAUACUUCGGUAAAUUAACAUCAAGAAUGCAUCGUGAAGAACAAGGUGAAGAAAGUUAAUUAUUAGAUGUAAUAUUUAUUUGAAAACGUGUAGCUUAUAGUAUUGUAAAAUAUGAAACAAGCGCCAAUAGCUCAGUGGCGUAUGCUAUGACGUAAAUAUGAGGUCUUAGGUUCCUAGCACAAACAUUUUUAGCUAAAACUGGUGAAAUUAUUAGUAAUUUACACAAUGUCCUAAUUUACAAAUUUUUUUUAGAAUUUACAAAUUCAUUAGGAUCUUCAU